AAUAGUUUCGACUGUGUGGCAGCCCUGAUAAGACACAUGAAGGAACUGCGGAUUUCGCUCGUCGCUCGCGAAGUAAAAUACGCAAAUAAUAAUUAAAUGGCAAUAGUAGGUCGCUAAAGUGGCUCCAGCUUUUAGUGAUCGAUUGUGUAAUGUUUUAAUGUUUGAAGUGCGGGCGAAAAAAUCUUUAAGAAAAGUGCCGUUGUCUGCUCAAACAAAAGAAGGCUUUAAUUUGUUCUUGUGACACUUUGUUUUUGUGAAUGCACUGGAAAUAUUUAUUUUACUCAAGAAUUGAUCAAGUGACGAAAGUUCUUUGUACCGUUGAAGAAAAUUAUUUUAUCGACGUUUCAAUUGGCACCCACACAUACGCACUCGCACCCACACAGAUACGGGACACAGAUACAUUUGCAGAUACACGUGCGCUCAGCUGUUAAUGAAUGCUGCUCAGCUGUCGUUUGUUUUCAUUCCGCAUUGAGAUCCAGAUCCCAGAAAGACCCGAGAAUAUCCCCGAAAAUCCGGAUUCGCAGAUAUAUAUGCCCUUGAUCCAGUCAACAGAUAAACGAGAGCACUAAGGCAUCUCGCGAUUAUCACCUGAAAUCCAUCGAAUUUAGAAUAACCCAGAUCAGCAGUCAUGCCGAAAGAUGGUCACUCACGUAAGCCACAAAAGAAGGCGUCACUCACAGAGGAAACUCCAAUCUCUGAGGCCACGACCACAACAACUCCAGCCACAGCAACAUCACCAAGCUCACCCAGUAGAACCACUGGACACUCCGCCAUCGGAGCUCUAGUGAGCAAUCUGCACCACCAUGACAUUCAAUCCCUGCACCAACCGUUGCUGGAGAGCGAGGAGCGGGUGAUAACGAUGGUUAACCACAGGAAUCCCCGCCAGCCUCAUCGAAGUUAUGGAACCGAAAGGAAACCACACAGUUCAUUGCCCCGUUUCGUGAUCGACAUCGAAGAGGAGACAGAUGCUGCGGUGGCUGCAGCAGAGGGAGCGGGGAGUCCCAGUCCAACUCACAACCAGGAACACGAGGAGCACUCCAACCAAAGUCCUUCCCGCCGUUUCAGUCACUUCAAUCUGGCUCUGCGUCGCUUCUCCCACAUCCAUGCCCACAACAUAAAUCGCUACGGAGACUCCAUGGGUUCGCUGGGACAUCGCGCCUUGUUGCAGUACAUCGAUAAUAAUGAUAUUUCCGGUCUGCGCGCUAUUCUGGACAGCCGACAUCUCACCAUCGAUGAUCGCGAUGAGAAUGCCACCACAGUGUUGAUGGUAGUUGCCGGACGGGGAUUGACUGCCUUCGUCAGGGAGUUCCUGGCCCGUGGUGCCGAUGUACAGGCGGAAGACUUGGACAACUGGACGGCACUGCUAUGUGCCUCCCGGAACGGACACUUUGAUGUUGUCCAACUGCUGCUAGACCAUGGAGCCGAAGUGGAACAUCGUGAUAUGGUAAGUCCUAUCCUAAAAGUAGAUUCCUGAUUGAAGCUUAAUACUUAAAUGUUUUUUUCAGGGGGCUGGACCAGUUUGAUGUGGGCAGCCUACCGCGGCCACACGGAAUUGGUGCGGCUUCUGCUGGAUAAAGGAGCCGAUGGCAAUGCCCAUGGUAACUACCACCUGGGCGCCUUGUUGUGGGCGGCAGGUCGUGGCUACAAGGACAUCGUGGAACUUCUUGUUCAACGCGGCGCCAAAGUGAAUGUUGGUGAUAAAUAUGGAACCACUGCUCUUGUUUGGGCCUGUAGGCGCGGCAAUGUAGAGAUUGUGGAUACUUUAGUGAAGGCUGGAGCCAAUGUGGACACUGCUGGCAUGUAUUCGUGGACACCUCUCCUGGUUGCAGCCGCCGGUGGACACACGGAUUGCGUUAGUUCCAUUCUCGAGAAGAAACCGAAUGUAAAUGCCUUAGACAAAGACGGAAUGACUGCACUUUGCAUAGCGAGUCGAGAGGGUUUCCAGGAUAUUGCAGCGUCCCUCAUAGCUGCUGGUGCCUACAUUAAUAUUCAGGAUCGUGGAGCAGAUACACCUCUCAUCCAUGCUGUGAAAGCAGGCCAUCGAACGGUGGUGGAGGCUUUGCUCAAAAAACAUGCUGAUGUGGACAUUCAGGGAAAAGAUCGCAAGACGGCCAUUUACACCGCUGUGGAGAAAGGACACACGCCGAUUGUUAAACUCCUGCUAGCCACCAAUCCCGACCUGGAAUCCGCCACCAAGGAUGGCGACACUCCCCUCUUGAGAGCUGUAAGGAAUCGUAACUUGGAGAUUGUCCACCUGUUGCUGGAUCGGAAGGCCAAGGUGACUGCGAGCGACAAAAGGGGCGACACCUGUCUGCACAUUGCGAUGCGGGCGAGGAGCAAGGCAAUUGUGGAGGCCCUUCUGCGGAAUCCCAAGCACAGCCAGCUAUUAUACCGGGCCAACAAAGCCGGGGAAACGCCUUACAACAUUGACUCCCUGCACCAGAAAACCAUUUUGGGUCAAGUUUUUGGCGCCAGACGGCUAAACACCAACGAGGAUUCCGAAGGAAUGCUGGGCUACGAACUGUAUUCCUCCGCCUUGGCGGAUGUGCUCAGUGAGCCGACAUUAACCACUCCCAUUACCGUUGGUCUCUAUGCCAAGUGGGGAAGUGGGAAGAGUUUCCUGCUAAAUAAGCUGCGCGACGAGAUGAACAACUUUGCGCGCCAGUGGGCGGAACCGCCGAUCCGAACCAGUGGUUUGCUCUUCAUCGUUUGCUUACAUGUGGCAUUGCUCAUUGGAACGAUUGUUGGAUUGAGCACCUGGUCGGCGGUGGUGGGCGUGUCCGCUGCCGUGGGCUUUAUGCUGCUCGCCUAUCUGCUCCUGGCGGCUGUCAGAUACUGCAACUAUCAGAUGGACAUGCAGUGGGCCUAUUCUGUGCAACACGGGCUGGAGAAGAGGAUAACGAGAUUACGACUGAUACUGCAGGUGGCCUUUUGUCAUCCCCCGGGACCCCAGUCGGACUCACAGGCAAAACCAGUUCGGUUUCACUUUGCAGAGGCCAACAGUGCUUCACCAACAGGCGAUGGAGCUGUGGCCCAUAUGUUGGCCGCCCUCCUCGACGCCAUUGAAUCUCACUAUGGAUGGUUGGCGGCGAGAUUGUAUCGAGCUUUCCGUCCCAAGUGCUUGAAGGUGGAUGUAGGCUGGCGUUGGCGCCGCAUGUGCUGCAUUCCCAUCGUGUUGGUCUUUGAACUAGCACUUGUUACCCUGGUCGCUGGUAUCUCCCUAGUUGUGGCAUACUUCACGUUUGCCGAUCAGAAGGAAAAGGAACAGAUACUGGUAGCACUCUACGUGAUCGCUGCCGUAAUGGGAACGUUGAUUUGCACGCACCUGCAUGUCCUGGCCAAGGUUUUUGUAUCCUUAUUUACAUCUCACAUCCGUGUACUGAAAAGAGCUGUUCGGUCCAGUGAGUCUGCACCUUUGACCAUGCUGGGAGCGGAAGUGGCUGUGAUGACGGACAUGGUCAAGUGUUUGGAUGCCUUCACGAACCAGCAAAGUCGUUUGGUGGGUGUCAUCGAUGCCUUGGAUUCAUGCGAUACGGAGAGGAUUCUCACCCUUUUGAAUGCUGUGCAAACGCUUCUUUCUUCACCCAACCGACCAUUUGUUCUGCUCAUUUCUGUGGAUCCCCAUGUCAUUGCCAAAGCAGCAGAAGCCAAUAGUCGACGGCUGUUCACGGAAGGCGGUAUCGGAGGACACGACUUCCUCAGGAACUUAGUACACCUCCCAGUUUAUCUGCAAAACUCCGGACUGAGAAAAGUGCAGCGAGCACAGAUGACGGCGCUGUUGUUCAAACGAAGUGGCGGAGGAGAUUACCAGACUGACGACGGACCCACUUUGGGUCACUCUGUAUCUGCUCGUCGCCUUUCCAAUGCCUCUGAGAUAAUUUCUAGUCAGGAAAAGUUACGUGGGGCUGCCCGUGGGGGUGGUGGAAAGAAACUACGUCUCUCCGAAUCCGUGGCCAGCUCAACGGGUUCAAAUCUCCACCGCCUGGGUCAGAACCCGCAGACCGUGCUGGAUCUAUCGCGCAUUGUGCUCACAGAUGAUUACUUCAGCGAUGUGAAUCCCCGCAGUAUGCGCCGUCUGAUGAACGUCAUCUACAUCACAGUACGUUUGCUCAAGGCCUUCCAGAUUGACUUCAGCUGGUAUCGGCUGAGUUCCUGGAUCAAUCUGACGGAGCAGUGGCCUUUGAGGGCUAGUAUGAUAGUUCUUCACCACGAUCAGUUCAUGGAUGGCAACUCGGAUGAGAGCGUAUCCCUGCAAAGCGUUUACGAAAAACUGCGUCCCAAACUCGCUUAUUUGCGAGAGGCAGCUCCUCUUCUUGAGCUGGAUCGCGAUGAACGAAAGCUGGAUGCUUUCCUGCAGCUGCACAAAUCAGAUCUUCUUGUGGCGGAUCUGCGCAUCUUUCUGCCCUUCACCAUUAACCUCGAUCCUUACCUGCGAAAGGUAUUAAAAGAGGACCAACAAACCAUCGAAGACGAGGGGUCUCUAAUGAUUCAGGCCAGACCCAGCGUCUCGAAUACCAUGCGUCAAUUCCCAGCACCCACCACCUACGUGCCUUCGCCCCAGGCUUAUCCACCCUACCAAAUGUUCCAGAACGAGUAUCCUCCCAAUGAGCUGCGCUCCAGGAACCUCAGCACGAGCACAGAGCCGGUUACUCCGCUGAUUAACUCACCAAGUGAUUCAUUUGGUGAUGACAUCCUGCAAACUAAGCUGACCGACUUGACAGUGGAAGGAGUCAUCAGCCUGCUUGAGCGAAUUGAGGACAUGAAGCCAGCGUUGCCCAAACUAGCGCCAGUGCUGCGCGAGAAUGCCAUAAAUGGACGGGUGCUGAAGCACUGUGAUAUGCCGGACCUGAAAUCGGUUCUGGGCCUGAGCUUUGGCCAUUGGGAGUUGUUCCGCUUACUGAUAACCACAUUGCGGGAAUGCGAGCGUUUGCCAAGGAAGCAGCCACGUCAGCAGCCACCACCCGCCGCCUUAGAAGCGCCAUCGAAUGUCCCGAUGAUCAAGGAUGUGACGGAUGCCCUGAUGCAGCCGCCCAGAGAGUCGUUGUCGCGAAAGAACUCCGUUAGUCAUAUGGAGAAACAGUCAAAAGUCCAUGACUACGAGUAUCUGCAGGUAACUCUGGAGGAGCAGAUGAUCUGCGGCACCCUGCAGACUCUGAAUGAGGAGGCCUACGAGGAUGUGGCCAGCAGCGAGAGACCGAGUCCCACAGAACUCGACACGCCGCCUGCCGGAGCCGCAAUGACGACGCCAUUGCUCGGCUCAUCUGGCUCCAUGCAGCCGCCGUCAGGCCGGGAUUCCAUAUUGAAGCAGCAGGGAAGCGUCAAGGCCGACAAGCGGGUAUCGAUCCAACAAACGGCGACCAAUAACAACAACAAUAACAGUACCAAGAUAACGCCCAACGUUGAGUACGUAUCCGAGCGCCAGUUGGAGAUGCAAGGAGCCAGCAAACGAGUAACGAACAAGCCUCCACCAGGCCCUCGUCCAGCUUCCCUGAUCAUCACCAGAAACGAUUCCAAUUCCCAGUUUCAGCUGCUGCGUUCGUCGUCAGUGGACUACGACGAUGUUGAGGCCCAGGAGCACCGGACUACGAUAAGGACCACCUUGCUAGAACAGCAGGAGGAGGAGGAAUCAGCCCCGUUCGUGUUUACAGUGCAUAAAUGAUACAAUCUUCUCUACUAGGUGAAACCAGCCAAUGAGAAUGGCCAUUUAGUGCCAGCUACGCUUAGUUACAAAUUAGUUAUAAAGCAAUUAGCCAAUAACCAGAGGACUUUGUGGGAACUCUGACUUUUGGGUUACACAAUUAUAUAGUCGUAUACUCGGUACGCUAAGAAAAGACACUUUGUUUGCAAGUCUCGGUUGUAAACCACAUUAGAGUUUACUACGUGUUAGAAAUGUAUGAUGCAUGUGUAAAUGUUUAUUUAUUAAUUGUAUAAAAAAGUGAGAAUACAUUGUGCGAUAUUUAAACUCGAUUGCGUUAACCUCGAGCGAGAGAUUUACAAAUAUAUAUAAUCGAGAAAUA